UGACGCUUUGAUUUGGCAUUUCAGUUUAUUUAGUUUUUUUUUGUUAAUUUUUCGUAGUUUUUUUUUCGUUGUUUUCUGUUUAAUUCUUUAGUUUUGAUGAGAUUGAGAAGUUUGUAGGCAUGAAGAACAUCAAAACAAGUGCAAUCCACCGUGCAAUUGAAUUAAUCAGAGCAGUUGUAAUGUCGAGUUCGUUUUCCCCGUUUCUCAAAUAAUUGCAAUGGAAAGGAGACACUGGAGCGAUUUGGGGACCAGGGUGGUUUUUUUGACGUCGUUCUGAAGCCAAUGUUCCAGCAGGGGCACGAGGGUGAGCUUUUAAGUUGGUUGAAGGAGACAUCCCUCAUCAGAUCGUCGUUCAAUUGUCCUCAGCCUGAGUGUCAAGCUCGAAGCAUGACCUGGGUUGGGGCGAGACUGCGUGACAGGUACAACUGGGUCUGUCCCAACUGCAGUAAAAAACAAACCAUCAGAGAGGGCUGUUUCUUCAAUGGAGUAAAGACUGACUUUAAAAGUGCACUUAUGCUUGUCCUCGCCUGGUGUCAGGAUGUACCUUACGAGAUAGCUGCUCAGCAUCUGGAAAUCAAAGAACACAUUGUCAAGAAAGUCUACGAAAAAUGUGGAAAAGUUUGUGAAUAUUACGUCGAUUCACAUCCAGAUGAAUUUCAAGUUGGUGGUCCAGGAAUGGUUCUGAUUGUCGAUGAGUUCCCUGGGGGCUACAUGGUGCCAGAGGGGAUGGACGUGACUACAACGAAGAAGAGGAAUAACAAUUCACACACGAUACUCUGCAUUGCUGAGGCCAACUGCAUUCCGCCCAAGAUGUGGCUGCACAUGAUUCAGGCGAUGCCAGAGCCCCUGCCCAAGGCAGCGAAAGAAAAGAAGGCCGUUCAGAGGUGUGGUAUGGUAGAAGAAGCUAUAAAAGUCAUCACAAAGCAAGUUUUACCAGGGAGCUUCCUGGUCGCCAAUCGUCGGGCUCGAUGCUGCAAUUAUGAGUCUCUUCAAGAGCUCAAGCAAUAUGGAGUAUUCAGUGUGGAAUAUUUACAGACGUUCGAUGGCCUUGGUCACCAAAAGCUACUUGGCAAUCUAGGGACAAUUUGGCAGAAUGGGGUCGAUAUUUGCGAAGAAAUUCAGGAGUCUACUCGUUCUCUGGCUCAAUCAAUAAUCUCGACUCACCUUUGGAAACAGCGAUUUGGCUACCCGUCGUCCUCAUCACCAGCUUUUCAGUGCAUGCUCAAUCACAUAACCGAAUGUUAUCGUUUCACAUGAAUGGAUUAUUUCUAAAUAUCGAGGUUUAUUUCCAACUUUGAAAAAAGCAGAGAGAAAACUACGCAAUUUUUAGUUUGGAAUAUUGAGAAAAUCGACUCGUCUUUGAUCUCCAAUAGCUGGGGAACGGCAGAGUGAAAUUCCUCGAUUUUCUUCCACUCUAUAGAUAUUUUUUCAAGCUUUGAAAUGACUUUGAACUCA